CGCACACCUAACACUCAGUUUGAGUCUUUUCCCCCGCAAGCACGCUGUGUUCCUCCCACAUGCCUUCCUCCUUCGCUGCCGCCUUCCCUUGCCUGGCGUUCGCCGCAGCCGUUACGGUGUUGCUCAUGAGGAUAACAUCAUCGUCUGUGGCCGCUUCAUCUUCAUCUUCAUCUGCGGUGGUUGACGGUCAUCGGCGGGUCAGAAUGAAGACGGCACAGUGCAGAGCCUCCUGUUUGGGAAAGUUUCCCAGCGGCCAGUCAGACACCGUGAACGAUCUGCCUCAUUGCCACAAUACCCCGGACUGCACAAUGUGUUGGCAGACAUGCGACCUUCUGCUCAGCAACUACGACGUCUGGGGUCCCAUGUGUAGCGCCGACAACAUAUGUUUCCCCGGCUGUCAGGUAGCGUGCAAGUUCCGCCAAGAUGGACCUACGGAUUCGGCCAUCUCCCGCGGCAAGUUUUUGGAACCUGCCCGUCUAGUGUACGACUCUCGCGAGGACAUCGUUCGCGUCGAAUGGGUGAGACCGGUCAGCAUGAGCGGCAGCCGUCAGCCCGGAGCCUUGGUCUAUGUCAUCCUCCUAGGAGGUCUCCUGGACACCCAACGCUGGGAAGAAGUCGUCCAGACUCCCUACUUGAACGCGACAGUGUCGCGCGGUCUCCUCAAGCAAUCGUCCAGCAUCCGUGUUGUUGCCCUCGGUCCUUGGGGUACUUUCGCUCAGCUGGACGUACCGACGGACAACGGCGAAGACAAGGUCUCCCUAAAAGACGGCCCCAACGCCGUUCGUGGUGCACGUGCUAGGCACUGGAUGCCACAAUUGGCCGCGCUGAGGCCAGCGGCAUCCAAGACCACGUCAGCCGUGGAGGCCUUGGUGUCCUGGAUGGCGCCCUCGCAGCUAUCCGAUCAUGGGGAUGCAAAAUACGAGGUGACCUGGCGCGUAUUGGACGGCGCAAUGGACGUCACGGGUCACCUGUACACAUCGAGGGAAUCCGCCACUCUCACCUUGUGGCCGGAUGUGACGUAUGCCGUGCACAUCCGUUGCUUUGGCUCUAACUCUGAGCGUGCUUUGGCGACCAGCGAGGCUCUAGUCAUAGACACCAGGGACACAGCGGGACCAAAGACACAAGCGCUAACGCAACAUUGUCCAGGCUGCCUUCGAAUGGAAAUCGCGGCGGGAUGUGCAGCUGGCCUCUCAAUCCUGUUGCUCGUCUGCGUUGUUGCUCUGUUAAUUACGAAAACUCGAAGUUCGAGAAGGCAGGAUCACGCAAGACAUCAGACGCAGGGAGCGAGACAAGAAAUUAGGGGCGUCCCUGAUAGAGCAGCCCACAGAAUGCACAUGGAUGCCAUCAAGCCCUCCCGUCUAGAGUUCCCCGGAGUCGUCCUCCCGGUCCAAGCUGACGUCCACAACGCCGUCCAGCCAUCGGGUCCCAUGAGUCCCAUGGGCGAGUCCAGGGAAGACCUCCUAGACGACGACCAGAGCCGGUCCAACUACUUUGUUUUCGACUUUCCGUCGGACCGGGUGCCGAGGGCUUGAAGGCGCUACACAAAUUCAUCUCUGCCAAAAUAUGCGAAAAGUCGUCCGGAGCCAAGUGUCUCGUUCAAAGACGACAAACCAAGUUGUAAGGUUCGACUGCUGCAGAACUAUUCAUAGCUGCAGGUGACGCUAUUUGGUGACACCAAGGUACGUGCUUGGCAUCAAGGAAACAGACUUCCGCUGUCGUGCGCGAUCACAGAUGACGUCACUUCCUUCCUGACCUUCGCUUCGGUGGAUUACGGAAGAGUGGGACGUUUCCUGCUGACGUCUUCUACAUUAGACCAACUACUACAGUCUUUCUCGAGCGAAGUAGGUUUGUAAUUCAUAACCUACGAGGUAUUAGGCUAAAUCUAGGAGCGGAUGCUAUAUAUGCACGAGAAAGAGAAAAACUUCCACACGCGCUUCACCCUGCAGAUUGACAACAGAUCCGCUUGUGAACAAUGUGAACAUUCAUAUUCAUCCAACUUUGUCACAAUCAUAUUCAUCGAAUUCACUAUUUAUUUCCUUCGUGAAUACGAAAUCAUAUUUAUAUUUAGCGCUUUCUGUCGGGUGAAGAACAUUGCGCUGUUACAACGGGAAACUCGAUUAUCGUCUGCUUUCGCCAGGUAUUAUGACCUUAGUUGUCGGUGCAUCGUAAAAACUUUCGCCAGGAAAGAAUUCUCCCGGCGAAUACAGACGGUCACUUUCACUUCCCGUUUUACCGAUCGCUGUGCACAGAAGAUACUGUAUGAAUUUUUCUACAAAGUUUCCAGCAAGUGCCAAACUUUUAUUUAUUACUUCGUUUUUACAAUUACAUAUUCAUGUUCACACAUCUACAACGAAGCCCAAACGUUGUUGUGUAAAUAGAUAGAAGUUUUGGAAGUGAAUGCGCCAACAUUUUUGUAUGUGCUUCCGGUUAAACUGUGAACGUUUGUACUUGGUACACACGCUUUUGUCAAAUCUGCCACCUAAAGAGGGAGGGGGGUAAUUAGUUACUCCUCAAAGGGUGCAAGUCAUCACCAGAAUUUUUUUUAAUGCAGAUUAAAAUUUUUUUGUUCUUUUAAUGUUUUUUUUUUUUGGACAUGAACCCGCUUUAAUUAUAUUGAAAGCAGUCCACAGCGCAACACUCUUUAUGCCAAACAAAUGUAUCGCACUGCAUGUUGCAUUUUACAUUCCACGUUAUAUUUAUGACAUUCCACUUUUUCACCGUAUGGAGCGAACCUCCCGAAAUGCACGAGAAACGUACAUGGAAAUCAGAUUACCUAGAAGAUGGUAAAAUCAUAUCCGCGAAAUUGUUCCAUUCGUGGAACCGUAUAAUUCGGAAAAUCGUGUUAACAGGAAAAUCCUACUACCCGUAUAAGUCAUAUUACCAAGCAAAUAUAAUGUUUACCCGAGAAUCCAUAUUACCAGAAGAAUCGUAUUAUCCGGGAAAUUAUAUACCACCUGGAAAGUUGUACUGUCCUGGAAAUUGUAUGACCCGGAAAAUCCUAUCCGGGAAAUCAUGUUAGCCUUAUCGUAUCAUAUGGAAGAUCGUACUAUCGGAAAAAUCACACUACCCCGAAAACCGAGUGAAGCGGCAAAUCAUAGUAUUACUGGGGUUUCGCUCGACAGUGCAUUUCUGGUCAGUUAAGCAUAAUUCAUUACCCUCGUUUGUGUGUGCAUAAAAUGUGUUGUAAGUUAUUCGUACUUUACGAGAGUCCUCCGAGCGAAAUGGAAAAGGUGACGCUAACGAAAGGCCCAAGAAUGCAUUUGAAGUAACGUGAACACAGCUUGCACAUAUUCUGCACAUUUCUUUGUACAGUAUUUUUC